AUGACGGCGUCCGACCCUCAGGUCCCGCCUGGAGACGCGGCUCCCCAGGUGUACGAGGAGCGCAUCUGGAUCGAUGGCUGCUUUGACUUCUUUCACCACGGUACCCUUUCCGCCCGCGAAACCUAUCCAAGAAGUAAUGUGUUUUCUGACAAUACACUCCAAGGACAUGCUGGAGCCAUUGUGCAAGCCCGCCAACUCGGCAGUGAACUGUACAUAGGUGUCCACUCUGAUGAGGCUAUUCUCGAGAACAAGGGCCCUACGGUCAUGACUUUGCAAGAACGCCUAUCUGCUGUCGACGCUUGUCGCUGGGUGACGCAAUCCAUCGGGCGAGCCCCCUACGUCACGCAGCUGGACUGGAUCACCCAUUAUGGGUGCCAGUAUGUCGUCCAUGGCGACGACAUCACUUCUGACGGUGACGGCGAGGACUGCUACCGCUUCGUCAAAGCUGCUGGUCGAUUCAAGGUCGUGAAGCGCACUCCCAGCAUAUCCACGACGGAUCUCGUCGGCCGAAUGCUUCUCUGCACCCGCACGCACUUCAUCAAGUCGCUCGAGAAGCGACUGCGUGGCCAGGAGGGUCAUGGCACACUGGAUGAGAUCAGGGCCGAAGGCGAGGCAAUGACGGAGCGGAUGAAGCUGUACGCAACGGAUGAGACUGGCAAGGCCCCCGGCGUGGAUGUUUGGUUCUGGUCCGCCUCGGCCGAAGCCAGGGUCGAGGCCACCACGGAGGAAAAGGGGACAUUUACGCAAUUCCUCGGAGGGACAGGUCCCCGUCUCGGGCAGCGCAUUGCUGAGGAAGAUCUCGCCCGCGCAGACGGCUGGUAUUCGGAGCAGGCCACGAAUGAGCGUAUCGGCAAAGGGGGCGACUACCCACCCGUCUAUGUUGUUGCCGGAAUACACGACGACGAGGUCAUCAACCACUGGAAAGGCAUCAACUACCCAAUCAUGAACCUCUACGAGCGUGGAUUGUGCGUCUUGCAGUGUCGAUACGUCAACGCCGUAGUCUUUGGGGCGCCGUUCACGCCCACCAAGACAUAUCUGACCUCGCUGCCAUGGGGCACGCCAGAUGCCCUGUACCACGGCCCAACUGCGUUCAUGCCCCUGACAUAUGACCCAUACACGGCAGCAAGAGAAGUAGGCAUCAUGAAAGAAAUUGGCGCACACGAAUUCUCUGAAGUCAACGCCGGCACUAUCGUACAACGCAUCAUGAAGAGUAGAGAUCUAUAUGAGGCCCGGCAGCGCAAGAAGGGUGUCAAGGCUGAAAUGGAAGCAGCAGCUCGAGAACGUGAGAUGCUAGAGGAAGAACAGCAGGAGAAGGAGGCUCAGCGCGCUGACGCAUGA